AUUUAGUUAACCUUUCCGCUUUUGAUAGUCAUUUCGCUAAUUAAAUUUUGUUUACACCGGAAACAUGUGAUUUUCGGGAUUUUCUUGCUGAUUUUCUUUUAAUUGUUUUUCAUCUAAACAUCAUUUCAAUCCUUUUAAUUACCAAAUUAUAUAUUCCGAAUAAGAUGAGAUAAUAUCAUGGGAUUAACAAAACAAUAUCUUCGCUAUGCCUCUGCUGAAGUAUUUGGGGUAAUAGCUGGAAAUAAGUCGAACAUUGUUUUCCUGAAUACUGCCGGGAGCCAGGGUAAAUACUGUGCAACAGGUGCUUGUGAAGAUGUCAUAGUGUGGGAUAUACGUACUGGAGAUAAGUUUUUCACAUUAAAAGGAGAGAGACAUGAGGUAACUAAAUUAGCAGGAUCGCCAGACAAACAGCAUCUAGCUGUAGGCUACAAUGACGGGAAAGUUUGUGUGUUUAAUUUACAGAAUGGGGAGAAAACAAUCACAUUCAGUGGGCAUAAAUCAGCUGUGACAGCUUUACAGUAUGAUCACCAGGGACUCAGACUUGUGUCUGGUGGAAAGGAUACUGAUGUAAUUGUUUGGGACAUCGUGAAUGAGUGUGGAUUAUACAGAAUGAAGGGGCAUAAAGGGGCAGUAACUCAGGCAUAUUUUCUCAAAGACAGAAAUAUUCUUAUUACCAGUUCUAAAGACACAUUUGUGAAGUUUUGGGAUCUAGAUACUCAACAUUGUUUUAAGACAUUGGUAGAGCACAGAAGUGAGGUGUAUGAUUUUGUUUUGUUGAGAAAUGAUACAAGAUUAGUGACAGGAUCUGCUGACAGUGAACUUAGAGUAUGGGAUAUCACAUACACUGACCAACUAAAUCUGAUAGAAUGUAAGAAAAUGGGAUCAGUAAUGAGGUCUGGUAGAGAUAGACUAAUCUCCAUGGCAACCGAUCUGCAGCAGACGACACUAAUAUGUCACGGAAAUGAUAGAAUGUUGGAAGUUUUUAAGCUGCCUGGUGAAAAUGAUUUAAAGAAAAGACUUUCAAAACGACUUAAAAAGGAAAAGAAAAAGGCUGGGGAAAGCAUUGAGGAGAGCGGUAUAAAUGUUGAGUUAAAGCUGGAGGAUGAGAUAAGUAAAGUGGCAGCAGUAAAAAUGGCGGCAAAAAUAGCAUCAGCUGAUAUCAUGCAUAGUUCUAACAGUACAGUAAAGGUGUUGACACUGUUUAACAACAAUACAUUUGGCUACUGUGCAAUAGAUAUCAAUGACCAGAAGAAUCCGGCAUCAGGUAUAGGUGUGUUAAGUCAACAUGGACACCAGAGUGACGUUAGAACUAUCAGCUUUAGUUCUGACAAUACGGCAUUGAUGACGGCAAGUGCCGAGUCUGUGAAAGUCUGGAACAGGGCUUCAUUACAGUGUAUUAGAACUAUGCCAUGUGAUUAUGCCUUAUGUUCCAUGUUUGCUCCUGGUGACAGGCAUAUAAUCCUUGGUACAAAGAGUGGGAAACUACAAAUAUUUGACAUUGGUAGUGGAUCAUUGCUGGAAGAAGUGGAUGCUCACGGAGGCUCACUCUGGUCUAUAUGUAUGACACCAGAUAAGAGAGGUAUAGUGUCUGGUGGGGGGGAUAAAAAAGUGUUUUUUUCUCUAUAUUUCAGUAAACAGUUAACAUUACAACAUGUGCGGACACUACAGAUGGAUGAAGAUGUACUGUGUGUAAAAUGUAGUCCCGAUCAGAGAUUGCUGGCAGUCUCCCUCCUUGAUAGCACUGUUAAAGUUUUCUUUAUGGAUACAUUAAAGUUUUUCCUGUCCCUCUAUGGUCAUAAAUUACCAGUGUUAUGUAUGGACAUCUCAGCUGACAGUACUCUGCUGGUGUCUGGCUCGGCUGACAGAAAUGUGAAAAUAUGGGGUCUAGACUUUGGUGACUGCCAUAAAUCUAUCUUUGCUCAUGAUGACAGUAUAAUGUGCCUACAGUUCAUUGCUAAAACUCAUAUGUUCUUCACUGGUGGUAAAGAUAGGAAAAUAAAACAGUGGGAUGCUGAUAAUUUUGAACAUAUAACUACUUUAGAGAGUCAUCAUGCAGAGGUUUGGUGUUUAAGUGUGAGCCCCAGUGGUAAUGUGCUAGCCAGUGGUUCACAUGACAAGUCCCUCAGACUCUGGCAGAAAACACAUGAACCGUUAAUUCUACAGGAGGAAAGAGAAAUGGAGCGUGAGAAGGAGUUUGAAGAUUCUGUUGGUCAGGGUGGUGAAGCAGUGGUUCCAGGGGAAACAAAUAAAGAGACAGGUCUAGCAGGGAAGAAGUCAGUAGAGACUGUAAAAGCUGCUGAGAAAAUAAUGGAAGCUAUAGAAUUAUACAAAGAGGAGAAAUAUAAAUGGUCUAUUUAUAGACUUGAGUGCCAGCAAUCAAGGACAAAGAAACAAGAACCAGAGCCCAACCCACUUAUGAUUGCAUUCAAUGUAAGCACACCAGAAAAAUAUGUUCUUAUGGUCAUCAAAAAGGUGAAGUCUAGUGAAUUAGAAGAAGCACUGCUAGUACUACCAUUCCAGUAUGUGAUAGGUUUACUGAAGUUGCUGGAGGAAUUUAUAACUAACAACUGGGAUAUAGAGCUCAUGUGUAGAUGUCUUUUCUUUUUACUUAGAGUACAUCAUGGUCAAAUAACAGCUUGUCAGGAGUUAUUACCAGUAGUAGAUAGAUUACGCAAGAUCACAAUAGAAAAACUUAACUCUCUUAGGGACUGUGUAGGAUUUAAUCUUACUGGGCUUCAAUUUCUACAGCGGGAUAUAGAACAUUCAGCUGAAACUGUGUUCUUCAUGGAUGCUACAGACAGAUUUAAAGAAAAGAAGAAGAAAAAGAAGAAAAAAGCCAUUUUGACUAUUAAAACUUGAGAGAAAUAAAACGUUUUAAUUGAAAAAAAAGUCA